GGCCUCGUAAGCAGACUUCACCCUUCGUGUUUAAAGUUUAGACCAUUACCUCUACUUCUCUGUACAUAGAUUUCCUCUCUAUUUCAUUUCUCUACCUCGAAUAUACAGUCAGAAUGGCUGCCCCAAUACCCUUCUCCGUCCCAACAAUUGACAUUGCUCCCUACCUCUCAGACCCCACUUCUCCCGAAUCAUCACAAAUAAUCGAAGCCAUCAAGACAGCCUGUACAACAACGGGAUUCUUCCAAUUGAUCGGCCAUGGAAUCCCAAACACGCUUCAAGACGAAGUUUUCAAAGGCUCAGAAGCAUUGUUCAAGUUACCAAUGGAAGAAAAAGUAAAACUCGACAGAGGAAAGAGCGUCGGUGCCAGCAAUAGAGGCUACGAAUUAAUCGGAGGACAAGGUCUCCAAGAAGGAACGCUUCCUGAUCUGAAAGAGGGAUUCUACGUAGGACAAGACAUCCCCGCGGACGACCCCCGAAUCCAAGCCAACGCCUUCCUAAUGGGCCCCAACCUCUGGCCCUCCUCCUCCCUCCUUUCAGAACUCCUCUUCAAGAAACCCAUGGAAGCAUACUUCGCUUCAAUGUUCGCCCUCGCCCUCAAAGUUCUCGACGCCAUCGCAGCCGGGAUGCCUUACGGGCCCAAAGUCUUCGACGAAUUCUGCAGCAACGACGCCGUGGCUUCGAUCCGACUCCUGCACUACCCGCCUGACAAAUCGAAUGACGAGCGUCAACUAGGAGCAGGGGCACAUACCGAUUUUGGAGCCAUUACUUUGUUACUGCAAGACCAGAUUGGCGGGUUGCAGGUUUGGGAUUACGGGAACGAGGAGUGGAAGGAUGUUAAGCCGGUCCCGGACGCGUAUGUGGUGAAUGUGGGCGAUAUGCUGCAGAUGUGGACGAGUGGGGUGUAUAAGAGUAGUUUGCAUCGAGUGGUGAAUCGGAGUGGGAGGGAUCGGUAUUCGGUGCCGUUUUUCUUUGAUGGGAAUGUGGAUUGUGUGUUGACGCCGCUUGGGGGAGGGGAAGUGGGAAAGAGGUAUCCGACAGUGGAGGAGCAUAUGAGGGAGAGGUUUGGGCAGACGUAUGGGAGGGGAAAGAAGAGGGAGGAUGGGGAGGGGAAUUUUAAGGGUUGAGGAGCGAGUUUGAUAGGCAGGAUAGCUAGAUACUUGAAUUGCACAGAGGUUUCAGCAAAAUGGAG